UCAUCAUCCCCUUCCUCAUGUUACUUCCUAGCAGUUACCCCCUCCACUCCACUCUCUCACGCACGAAUCUUAAACUCACUUUUUAGGACCCCUAAAACCUCAUAUUUACAAGCUCAUUUUGUUGUGUGUGAAAUUUUUGCAAGAAAAUGGGUAAUCAGUGUGCUAGACCCCAAAACAAGACCCCACCAUCUUCUCCUCCGGCGCCGGCAGGUUUACCGGCGACACGACCAGAAACAAGCUCAAAUUCUGAUAUUUCACCAGAUCUAAGCUCAUACCAAUCAGCAUGUGAAGAAGAUCCAGAACUUCAACGGUUUGAUUCAGCUCUUCAAGCAAGGACAUCGUUAGCACUCAAUUCCAUAGCUGUUAACAUGGACCCUAGGUCCCUUUCUCUUGACUCUUUACGUGAGGUUACUUUAUGCUUCUUAGAUAUGAACCAAGGGGUUGUCAAUUUCAUUCUUGAAAGCAAAAAAGACAUUUGGAAAGACCCUGAUUUAUUUGAUCUUGUUAAGGAUUAUCUUGAAAGCAGUAUUCACAUUAUGAACUUCUGUUCUUCACUUGAUGACUCUCUUGAACGUGCACGUACUAGUCAGUCUAUAAUUCUUGUUGCAUUGACUAAGUUUGAGAAUGAGAGCAGUGGAAAUGAAGGGGAUUCAAAGCUUCUGUUUUCGGAAACUUUGGAACAGUUGAAGAGUUUUAAAGCUGCUGGUGACCCUUUUACUGCGAGGUUCUUUUCAUCAUUUCACUCAGUUUAUUUGCAGCAAGAAGCUUUGUUGAUGAAAUUGAAGUCGAAAAAGAAUAAACUUGAUAAGAAAUUGAGCAGAGUAAAGACAUGGAAGAGAGUUUCUAAUAUAAUUUUUGCUACUGUGUUUGUUUCUGCUAUCAUUUGCUCAAUUGUUGCUGCAGCAGUCACAGCGCCGCCAAUUGUGACGGCGUUAGCAGCUGCAGCCUCAGUGCCAUUGGGGACAGUGGGGAAAUGGAUCAAUUCAAUGUGGAAGAAGUAUGAGGAUGAGUUGAAGAGGGAGAGGGAGAUAUUGACUUCGAUGGAGGCUGGCAGUUUUGUUGUGAUUCAAGACUUGGAGCAUAUUCGGGUUUUGGCUGAUAAAUUGCAGAUAAUUGUUGAGGGGUUGUUGCAUAGUGCUGAUUUUGCAAUUAGGGGAACUGAUGCAGUCGCAAGUGCAAUGGAAGAGGUCAAGAAGAAUGUAAAUGGCUUUUCAGAGACCAUUGAGGUUUUGAGUCAGCACGCCAAGAAAUGUAACCAGGAUAUUAGGAUGGCACGAGCAGUGAUCUUGCGGAAGAUUGUCAGUCAACCCAGUAGCUCGAAUCAGGGCAUUGGUAUGUUCUUUGAAUGACAGUAGCUGUCUUGCUGAUUUUCUUUUCGUUCAUAUACCAUGUAUGUUUGUAAAAAGUUGGUCCAACUAUGUUUUGUUGGGUCUGUUGAUUUGAGAUUUCUCACCCCUGCAGAAAAUUAAGUUAUAGUCCUCAUUUUGUUAGUGUA